GGUGCCCGGACGCCUGGGUCCUCCCAUGCCCAUGGCCUGGGUGGCACCAGGAGCUCCCGGACGCCUGGGUCCCACGGUCCUGGGCUCGGCAUCACAGGGACAGACCCGCAGCAGGGACCCAGGCAUCCGAGUCCAUCGGGAGCCGUCAGGGGGACCCAGGCGUCCGGGUUAUUGUAGGGUCCCUGUUAUUGCAGGGGCACCCCCCCCCUCAACUUGUGCCAUGGUGGACGAGGGUGACAAAGGACAACGUGGCCCCACCAGACUGGGGCAGGCACAGGAUCGCAGGGACCUGGAGGCGGAGCUUCGGGAACUGAGCAACAAGUUGGCAGCGCUGGGGCGGAGCCUGGUGGUGGAAAGGGGGCGGAGCCUGGCAGCAGGCGGGGCCUUGAGGGCACUGGAGAUCGCAGUGGGUGGAGCCCAGGCCCGGAUGGGCGGAGCCUGCCGAGCACGAGACCGGGCCUGCGAGCGCCUGCGUCAGCAGCAGGAGGCGGAGCAUGUGCUGUGGGCGGAGCUUGAGGCUGCCCGCCGGGCCCGGGCGGAGGCGGAGCUCCGGGCGCAGGAGGCGGAGUCAGCGCGGCGGGCCAGGGAGGCGGAGCUGGAGCGGCUGCGGCAGGCGCUGUGUGCGGCCCAGCAUGCCCGGCGGCGGGCGGAACAGGAGCGCGAUGACGUCGCUGCCCGAGUGCCCCGCCCCCCCGGCCCCACGAGCCGGGUGUCCCCCGCGGGGCUGCAGGAGGCGCUGGCCGAGCGGCGGGAGCUCAACCAGCAGCUGCGCCUGCGGCUGCACCAGCGCCAGCUCCAGGUGCAGGAGCUGCGGCUGGCGCUGGAGGCCGCGGGGACGCGGGCGCGGGAGGCGGGUGACGCCGUGGCCCGGCUGGAGCGGGAGCAGCGGGCGCUGCGGGGGCGGCUGCAGCACCCAUGGGUGCCCCCCGGCCGCACCGAGCCCGCCCUGCGCGCCCGCUGCCAGCACCUGCAGGAGCUGCUGCACAGAGAGGCCGGGGCGCGGGCGGCGCUGUCGCGGUCGUGCCGGGUGGCCGGGCGGCGCCUGCGGGCGCUGCUGCUGGAGGCCGAGGAGCAGCGGCUGCGGGGACAGUGCCACCGCCUGCAGGCGCAGUCCCUGCUCUCGCACUGUGCGUGGCUGGGGGAGCGCGUGGCCGCGGUGGCCGCGGGGACGGGGGCGGCGCUGGCCCAGGGGCGGCAGCUGCGCCGGGCGCUCGAGGCCGCGGGGGACGGGGCCGCGGUGGCCACGCGACAGGUGGCCGCGCUGCGCGCCCGCCUCAGGUGUGACCCGCUGACCCUGUCCCGCACCGUGCGCCGCAUCCUGCGCGGGGACGACGAGGACGAGGACACUGGGGACAGCGGGGACAGCGGGGACAGUGGGGACAGUGGGGACAGUGGGGACAAUGGGGACAUUGGGGACAUUGGGGACAAUGGGGACAAUGGGGACAAUGGGGGCAAUGGGGACAAUGGGGGCAAUGGGGACAAUGGGGGCAAUGGGGUCAGCAGGGACAAUGGGGGCAAUGGGGACAAUGGGGGCAAUGGGGACAAUGGGGCCCUUGAAACCAUCCCCGGCUUUGGGGGGACCCUUGAAACUGCCCCCAGCCUUGGGGGGAACCCUUGAAACCACCCCCAGGCUUGUUGGGGGAACCCUUGAAAACACUCUCAGCCUUGGGGGGACCCUUGAAACUGCCCCAGGCUUGGGGGGACCCUUGAAACUGCCCUCAGCCUUGGGGGGGACCCUUGAAACCACCCCCAGGCUUGGGGGGAACCCUUGAAACUGCCCUCAGCCUUGGGGGGACCCUUGAAACUGC